CUCUUUCGCCUCUUCGCUUCCAAGAUGACCAAGAAAAGAAGGAACAAUGGUCGUGCCAAAAAGGGCCGCGGCCACGUGCAGCCUAUUCGCUGUACCAACUGUGCCCGUUGCGUGCCCAAGGAUAAGGCCAUUAAGAAGUUCGUCAUUCGGAACAUCGUAGAGGCCGCAGCCGUCAGGGACAUUUCCGAAGCGAGUGUUUUCGACGCCUAUGUGCUUCCCAAGCUGUAUGUGAAACUGCAUUACUGCGUGAGUUGUGCCAUUCACAGCAAGGUAGUCAGGAAUCGUUCUCGGGAAGCCCGGAAGGACCGAACACCUCCACCCCGAUUUAGACCUGCUGGUGCUGCCCCACGACCUCCACCAAAGCCUAUGUAAGGAGCUCAGUCCUUUAAGAGUAAAGAAAUAACUGUUCCCUGGAAAGACAAUAAAGUGGAAAUUAUACUU